AAGAGUGUCGCGAUGACUAAGAAAAGCGCCGUAUCAAAGACGAAGAAUAAGGGGACUGCGAAGAAUGAAGUGGCAACUGCAUCCUCGGACGUCGUAACGACAACGGAGACGGUCGAGGUUGUAUCCUCGACCAGCGUGCUCGAGGAGUCGAGACAAGUAACGGAGAGCGAAGCCAGAAGUAGCACGACGGAGGUCACGAGUUCCAGUCGCGAGAUCGUCAUGGAUUCUAAAGGUAACGUAAUCAAAGUUAUCGAAACAUCUCCGCAGACGGUUCAGCAGAGCAAGUCCAGUUAUAAGAGCGGGAAGAGUUCCCAGGACUUUAUUGCCGGAGAACAGACGCAAUCGAUUAAGCAAGCGAAAACGACGCGCGAGAUCCCACGCGAGGAUGCGAAAUCUCUCUCGGAAAGUCGAAUCGUUCGAGGAGAAUCAUCUGAACGAAUCAACCAAUCCGUACAGAUGCAAACUCAAAGCGAAUCUCGUUCGACGGUUCAACAAUCCAUCUCCUCGAGUACCUUAACCGAGAAUUUAUCGACGAGCGAGGAUCACAGUGGGCAUCGUCGAGCCACCGUUGUCGACAUCAGAAACGGGGACCACGCUCCUGUAAUUCAAACAUCACGAACGAUCGAAAAUACUCGCGCGAAUAGCGAAACGUGCGAGACGGUAACGAAAGAUGGCCAGACAGUAUCGAAUAAAACGAGAAUUCGCGAGACGGGGGAGAGAAUCGACGACAACGGUAGGGAGGUGUCCACGUCGAGCCGAGAGGUUGACAGCGAGCGUACGAUCGCACCUUCCAACGUGACAGUCAUUAAAAGUAUCGAUGAUACCGUUGAUAAGAACGUGCGCGGCGUCGAUUCGAAAUCGGCGAAGUCGAACAUCGAUAUAUCGACUCGCUGUUACAAGCCCGGUCAAUCCGCCUGGGACGGCACGUUCGUCUACGAGAAGCCCGCCACUCCUAGAGGUAAGAAUAUCGUCGACAAAACGGUAUCCAUGAGUUCGAAAGUUCACGGUGACGCGCAGGACAGCAAAACGAGCGUUAAAGUCACUCAAGACACCUCCACCACCGAGGAGGAGGUUAUCGAUCAGGUAUCAUCCUCGAGCACGACCGUGAUACGAGAUUCGAAAACGAUUAUCGACGAAGGUCAACUGUCCGCGACGACUCGUCUUCGCGAUACCGUAUCAUCGGAGAAAGUCGCCGCGGACACAACGGAUUUCGCCGGAAAAGAGAAACACUCGAAAGGACCGGUUCGUUACUCGAAACUCGGCGAUUCCGCGUGGAACGGCAGUUUCGUCGUGGAGAAAACUACGACGCAGCCAAGACGACGUAACGAAUCCGACACCGUAACAUUCCACGGCGACAACGUCGCAGAAACGAUCGAGAGAAAAGAUUUUCGCGAAAAGAGCGCGGACGGUACGUACGAGAAGGAAUCGUCCGAGAACGUCGUAAAAGGUGCCACGGAUAGCACCAGAUUUAUUUCCGAAGAGCGACAUGACGUAAGUAGAGAAUGUUCGUCUCGUGUCGACGGUGCGAGCAGGGAAGAAUAUCCUGCUCGCGUAUCCAGUCCGUCUCGUCGAAGGAUCACCAGACCCGAUGACCUCGCGUGGAACGGUGAAUUUGUUUACGAAAAAUCAGGACAAGACGAUGCGAAAAAGCGUUCUUCCGCGGACGUCACUGUCGUUCGACGAACGGAGAAAUAUCACGAUUCCGUGGAUGUUCAAGAUGUCACCGAAGAACAGAAUGUAUCCGAGUCAGUUUCGUCUUCCUACAUCGUCGAAUACGCGAUCUCCAACGACAAAAAAAAUAUCGAGAAGGUUACAUCGGUGUCCGAGGUGAUUCUGGAGGAAGAUGUCACUGAGGAUAGAAGAACGCGUGGUCCAGAAAGCUCCGAGAGACAAUCGAAACGAGAUGCCAGCUCGCGCUGCUAUAAACCUGGCCAGUCCACCUGGGACGGUACCUUUGUCUACGAACGACCGAAAACGCCUGAUAGUCGCCGAAAGCCGGAAGACAAGCGUACAGUGAAGACUAUCGAUAUUCGAGAUGUUACGGAAGAUAACUCAAUCAACGAGGCCGAUGUCACGAGUACCUCUUACAUUGUCGAACAUUCAGCGAGUCAGCAGAGUUUCUCGGACGUCAAGGAUGCCAGUCUCACGUCCACGAUUUACGAGACAGUCGUUUACGAGGGACGUCCUGUUGAAAUGACGAUCCGAUUCGACAAAGAUACGCCUCGAAGCCAAGUUUCAAACGUCAAGGAGCAUCAGCCUAGUCCUUCUCCACGUCUUACGAGUCCUGAGAAGACGCCCAAGGAGAGAGAUCUACGAAGUACCAAGCCCGGAUCGUCCACGUGGGACGGAACCUUUGUGCUGGAGAAGCCGCAAGAGAAGAAACGACCGCCUAGCGGAGAAUCCACUGACGGCAGACCAUCGGAAAAAUUUUAUCCAGUUGACAGUAAAGAGACAUCCGUGGCAACAUCGAAGAAACAUGUCAGCGAGUCCAACGUCGAUCUACGAAACGUCACACAGGACAUAUCUAGCACGUCAGAGAUCGUGGAAUCCGUCAUUGUGGAGCAAUCGGAAACGCACGAGAGUUACACGGAUUCGUCGAAUCUCGAUUUCUCGACGACUUCCGUCGAAACUGUCAUCAUUCGCGAUAAUCAACCAGUAACGACGCAAAAAACGGUGACCACCAUUCAAGAAGGACCGAAGAGACCGUCUGCUGAUGACGUAAUCGUUAAGGAGAGUACUGUUAAAAGACCCGAGAAGAAGAAAGAGCCUCGUACGGACGACAGAAAUUAUCGGCCUACGAAACCAGGCGCAUCGACAUGGGAUGGAUCGUUCGUGUAUGAAAAAUCAGAGGAGAAGAAAAAGAUAUCGAAAGAUACGCAUAUUGGAAUUGAUAAACGUAGUCCGAUUAAAGAAAAACCAGUCGACAUUACUGAUCAUAAAACAGUUACAAUAUUGGAUACAUCGAAGGAUACAACGAGCGUUGCCGAUUAUUCUACGAGCUCUACUACCGUCGAACAAACCUUCGUUUCUGAUUCGAAGACCGAAUCAAAGACAUAUGACAUUUCGAAAACUUUCAUCGAGGAAGAUAAAGCGCACGUGACCGAAAGAUCAAGACAGCCUGUCGAUGAGAAACCUAAACCAUCGCCGCGACAGCGUCCGGAGGAUGCCAAGAAGCCUGGAGAUGAAGAACCGCGGAAGAGUCCGAUGGAUAGAACGUAUCGACCGUCCAAGCCAGGCGCCUCCACUUGGGAUGGAUCUUUCGUAUACGAGAAACCGAAAGAGAAACCGGGAGAUAGGAAGGUAGCAAAAGAGACUCUCCAAACUAUGGAUAAGCUAAUGAGUCCAAUUAAAGAAAAACCGAGCGACGUCACUGAUCAUGGAACGUCUGUCACGAUGCUCGAUACUUCGAGGGACGUAACAAACGUUACCGAUUAUUAUACGAGCUCUACCGCCAUCGAACAAACUUUUCUUACCGAUUCAAAGACAUAUGACAUAUCGAAAACUUUGAUCGAAGAGAGCACGGAGGAUAAAGUGCAUGCGAUCGAUCACGAGAGACCGAAGCAGCCUAUCGGCGAGAAACCUUCACCGUCGCCGCGACAGCGUCCGGAGGAUGUUAAGAAGCCUAGAGAUGAAGAAUCGCGAAAGAGUCCUGUGGAUAGAACGUAUCGACCGUCGAAGCCAGGCGCUUCGACAUGGGAUGGAUCUUUCGUGUACGAAAAACCGCAAGACUCGCGAAAGAAACCAACAGAAAACGAAGAAGUGAGCGAGAAGCCGAGAAAAUCGCCAGAUGAGAAACCGCAGUCGAUUCCGAUAUCUCGAAAAGAGCCGGAUGAGAAGAUACCGUGGCGAGAUGUCACCAAGAGCCGAUAUAUCGAAGACAUCACUGAUAUCACGCGCGAGGAUGUCACGCGCACGUCCGAAGAGGUGCAGCGAUCCUCUUACAUAAUCGAUCAAUCUUCAAGUUUUGCUUCCGUGCAAGACGAGCGUGUCAUCACUGAAUUUACUACCGACACCCGCAAGGAUGUGAGAGAUGUCACCGAGUCAACGAAGGAAUUUAUUGACAAAGAGCAGGUGACUAGCAUGGUAGCGCGGGAUGUCGUCGAUGACACCCGAUUCGAUGCCGUCACGGGCCCGGUACCCCAAUCUCCAACGAGUUCCACGAAGAAACCGUCGCCGGAGCGGCCCGGUUAUCUUCGCGGAAUACCUGGACUUAGGGAGGACGAUCGAUCGAAACCAAUUCCCGCCGCUGGAAAGCCCAGUCGACCUCCGCAGCGCGAGAAAAGUCCUCAGCGACCGACAGAAGAUGACAGACCUACCAAAGUCCGUUCAAAGUCGCCUGAGAAACUUCGUGAUUAUACAUCGCCGACUAGAAAAUCACAACCAGCGGCUGGCAAGCCGAGUCGGCCCGCGGAGAAGCCCGGAAAGCCGACAAGACCGGAACAAGAUGAUAAACCGAAACGAGGAGAUCAAAUUCCAGAUUCUCUCGACGAGGACGCCGACGGCCCGAUACCGGAUAUACUAUCGAAAAUCCCCUUGAAGGAACAAUGCAUUUGCGAGCUUUGUACUUGCGGACGUCAUCGUUGUCCGCACAACUUACCCCAAGAACAAUUCGAGUUUCCUUACGAGGAGCCAGUGCAUACGGUGACAUCUUAUCGCCAAGAUUACGAUGAAAAACGCGUGGAGAAGCAAACGAAAUAUUAUCAUGAGGAUCAUCUGCAUACAGAGGGCGAGUUUAUCGGACAGAGACGAACCGAUUAUGUGGCUACUAAGGGCGAAAGAGUACCGGUUAAAAAACCACAAGAUCAUCUGAAACCUGAGGGUGAAUUUGUCAAAAGACCAAAAGAGGAAGCGCCUACGAAGGGUGAGAGGGCACCUGUAAAAAAGCCGCAGGCUAGCUUGAAGCUUGAAGGAGAUUUUGAUACUACAACAACAACAGAGUUAGUCUUCACCGGCACUCCUGGCGAACGACCGACUCCAAUACGUCGCAACACUUACACAAAGAUCGAAGGUGAUUUCGUUGAUGAAACAACGACACGGUCCCAAUAUAUUGAUCAUCGCAAUAUUCAACGCGCUGAGAUCAUCAAACGAACAGAUAACCUCAUCGUGGGAGAGGGUGAAUUCACUGGUACCUCUCAUAUAAAGGAGGAUUUCCAAACUCAUGUUAUCGAGCGUGAAUCUAAAUUGCGACCGAAAUACCCUGAAGAUAUCGAUCGGUUUUAUAGCAAAACUGAUAUCACGGACAGCACUACAACUACUCAAGAGCAAUAUCAAACUUUCGAUCAGACGGAUUACAAAAGCACUAUUGUUGUUAGAAGAGCCGACAAUUUGAAACUUGAAGGACCAUUCGAAGCAUUACCUCACACGAAAGAUGAUUAUAUUACACCGAUAUUGCCACGCAGGCCGGAAAUACAGAAACCUAAAGAUAAUUUAAAGCCAGAGGGACCGUUCGAAGGACGCCCUAAAGAUGAUUAUACACCAAUCAGAGGAGAACGCGCGGAUGUUAAACGCCCAGAAGAUAAUUUACGGCCAGAAGGUCCUUUCGAAGGACGUCCUAAAGAUGAUUAUUUACCUAAACGCUUCGAACGUCCUGAAGUAAAACGACCAGAAGAUAACUUACGAACCGAAGGACCUUUUGAAGGCCGACCUAAGGAUGAUUAUCGACCAACUAAAGGCGAACGAGCUGAUGUUAAACGUCCUCAAGAUAAUUUAAAACCAGAGGGACCAUUCGAAGGACGCCCCAAAGAUGAUUAUACACCAACCAGAGGAGAACGCGCGGAUGUGAAACGCCCGGAAGAUAAUUUACGACCAGAAGGUCCUUUCGAGGGACGUCCUAAAGAUGAUUACAAACCUACCAGAGGGGAACGCGCUGAUGUUAAACGACCUGAAGAUAACUUAAGACCAGAGGGACCAUUCGAAGGACGUCCUAAAGAUGAUUAUUUACCUAAACGCGGCGAACGUCCUGAAGUAAAACGGCCAGAAGAUAACUUACGUCCCGAAGGACCUUUUGAAGGCCGACCUAAGGAUGAUUAUCGACCAACUAAAGGCGAACGAGCUGAUGUUAAACGUCCUCAAGAUAAUUUAAAACCAGAGGGACCAUUCGAAGGACGCCCCAAAGAUGAUUAUACACCAACCAGAGGAGAACGCGCGGAUGUGAAACGCCCGGAAGAUAAUUUACGACCAGAAGGUCCUUUCGAGGGACGUCCUAAAGAUGAUUACAAACCUACCAGAGGGGAACGCGCUGAUGUUAAACGACCUGAAGAUAACUUAAGACCAGAGGGACCAUUCGAAGGACGUCCUAAAGAUGAUUAUUUACCUAAACGCGGCGAACGUCCUGAAGUAAAACGGCCAGAAGAUAACUUACGUCCCGAAGGACCUUUUGAAGGCCGACCUAAGGAUGAUUAUCGACCAACUAAAGGCGAACGAGCUGAUGUUAAACGUCCUCAAGAUAAUUUAAAACCAGAGGGACCAUUCGAAGGACGCCCCAAAGAUGAUUAUACACCAACCAGAGGAGAACGCGCGGAUGUGAAACGCCCGAAAGAUAAUUUACGACCAGAAGGUCCUUUCGAGGGACGUCCUAAAGAUGAUUACAAACCUACCAGAGGGGAACGCGCUGAUGUUAAACGACCUGAAGAUAACUUAAGACCAGAGGGACCAUUCGAAGGACGUCCUAAAGAUGAUUAUUUACCUAAACGCGGCGAACGUCCUGAAGUAAAACGGCCAGAAGAUAACUUACGUCCCGAAGGACCUUUUGAAGGCCGACCUAAGGAUGAUUAUCGACCAACUAAAGGCGAACGAGCUGACGUUAAACGUCCUCAAGAUAAUUUAAAACCAGAGGGACCAUUCGAAGGACGCCCCAAAGAUGAUUAUACACCAACCAGAGGAGAACGCGCGGAUGUGAAACGCCCGGAAGAUAAUUUACGACCAGAAGGUCCUUUCGAAGGCCGACCUAAAGAUGAUUACAAACCUACUAGAGGGGAACGCGCUGAUGUUAAACGACCUGAAGAUAACUUAAGACCAGAGGGAUCAUUCGAAGGCCGUCCUAAAGAUGAUUAUUCACCUAAACGCAGUGAACGCCCUACAGUAAAGCGACCAGAAGAUAAUUUACGUCCUGAAGGACUUUUUGAAGGCCGACCUAAGGAUGAUUAUCGACCAACUAAAGGCGAACGAGCUGACGUUAAACGUCCUCAAGAUAAUUUAAAGCCAGAGGGACCGUUCGAAGGACGCCCCAAAGAUGAUUAUGCACCAACCAGAGGAGAACGCGCGGAUGUGAAACGCCCGGAAGAUAAUUUAAAACCAGAGGGGCCAUUCGAAGGACGCCCUAAAGAUGAUUAUUCACCUAAACGCAGCGAACGCCCUGUAGUAAAACGGCCAGAAGAUAACUUACGUCCCGAAGGACCUUUUGAAGGCCGACCUAAGGAUGAUUAUCGACCAACUAAAGGCGAACGAGCUGACGUUAAACGUCCUCAAGAUAAUUUAAAGCCAGAAGGUCCGUUCGAAGGCCGACCUAAAGAUGAUUAUACACCAACCAGAGGAGAACGCGCGGAUGUGAAACGCCCGGAAGAUAAUUUAAGACCAGAGGGACCAUUCGAAGGACGUCCUAAAGAUGAUUAUUCACCUAAACGCGGCGAACGCUUUGCGAUAAAACGGCCAGAAGAUAAUUUACAUCCCGAAGGACCUUUUGAAGGCCGACCUAAGGAUGAUUACCAACCAACUAAAGGCGAACGAGCUGAUGUUAAACGUCCUCAAGAUAAUUUAAAGCCAGAGGGUCCAUUUGAAGGACGUCCUAAGGAUGAUUUCACUCCGAAAACAGCGGAACGUCCUGACGUAAAGCGACCGAAAGACAAUUUACGACCUGAAGGUGAUUUUGUAGAUCGACCUAAAGAUCAAUAUAUGCCUGGAGAGAGACGUACGCCAAUUAAGCAUCCAGAUAAUUUGUAUCCUGAAGGCGAUUUUGAAAGACCUGAGCUGAUACCUUAUGGUCCCGGUGACAGAGCAUCUAUUGUACGACAUCCUGAUAAUCUAUUUCCAAUAGGAGAAUUUCCAGACAGAAAAAUCGAACCUUUUAAACCGGCUGAACGUAGAAGCCCUUUUAAAUAUAGCGAUAAUCUUCGUCCAGAAGGUGAUUUCACAGUAAGGCCUAAGGAUGAUUAUAAACCAACCAGAGGAGAACGUAUCGAUGUCAAAAGACCGGAAGACAAUCUGAAACCAGAAGGACCAUUCGAAGGUCGACCCAAGGACGAUUAUAGCCCUAAGAGAGCCGAGCGUCCAGAAGUAAAAAAACCACAAGAUAAUUUAAAACCAGAAGGACCUUUCGAAGGACGACCGAAAGAUGAUUAUAAGCCGACUAAAGGAGAGCGUGCGGAUGUUAGGCGUCCAGAAGACAACUUACGACCUGAAGGGCCAUUCGAAGGUCGUCCAAAAGACGAUUACUCGCCUAAACGUGCCGAACGUCCCGAAGUGAAACGACCGGAAGACAAUCUUCGUCCUGAAGGCGACUUCGAACGACCAGAAAAGAUACCUAUUGGUCCAGCAGAAAGACGUAGCCCGAUUAAACAUUCAGAUAAUCUCAAGCCCGAAGGCGAAUUUAUUGGUAAGCCGAAAGAAGAUUUUACACCUACGAGAGGUGAGCGCGCGGAUGUUAAAAGACCGACAGAUAAUUUGAAACCGGAAGGUCCAUUUGAGGGUCGGCCAAAGGAUGAUUACCGACCGGUACGAGGAGAACGCAUGGAUAUUGUUAAGCGUACGGAUAAUUUGCGUAUGGAAGGAGACAUAGAAACAUAUAGAUCGAGGGAUGAGUACAUUGAUUUCUUGAUACGCGAAAAAAGCGAAAUUACUAAAUAUCAAGAUAAUUUACGUAUGGAGGGUGAAUUUAUCGAUACAAGAACGCGAGACGAUUUCAAAGUUGUUAAAGGCGAACGUGUAGAUAUUGUUAAGCAUCGUGAUAAUUUAAAACCAGAAGGUCCAUUCGAAGGCCGCCCGAAGGAUGAUUUCUCGCCGAAGAAAGCAGAAAGGCCUGAAAUUAAAAAACCAAAAGAUAAUUUAAAACCAGAAGGCGAUUUUGUACGUCGACCCAAGGAAGAAGCUCCAAAAAAAGGCGAGAGAGCUGACAUCAAAAAACCGAAAGAUAGUUUACGGCCGGAAGGAGACUUUGAAAGACCCGAGAAAACUCCGAUCGGUCCAGCAGAGAGGCGUUCUCCGAUUAAACAUGCUGAUAAUUUGAAACCAGAAGGCGAAUUCGAAAAGAGACCUAAACCUGAAGAAUUUAAACCUGCGGAAAAACCAGUUAUAAAGAAACCGCACGAUAACUUGAAACCGGAAGGCGAAUUUGUUUCUAGACCGAAAGAAGAAGCACCAAAGAAAGGUGACAGAGCUGAUAUCAAGAAACCGAAGGAUAAUCUUAUACCCGAAGGUAAUUUUGAAAGGCCGGAAAAGAAACCGGUUGGUCCCGCUGAGAGACGUUCUCCGAUUAAACAUCCGGAUAACUUGAAACCGGUAGGAGAAUUUGAACGGCCAAAAUACGAAGAAUAUCAUCCAGCAGAAAGACCUCAAGUAAAGAAAACAGCCGACAAUUUGCGUCCGGAAGGUGAUUUUGAAAGACCGGAGAAAAAAUCGAUUGGUCCAGCGGAAAGGAGAACUCCGAUCAAGCACCCGGAUAACUUGAGGCCAGAAGGAAAGUUUGUAGGCAAGCCUAAGGAAGAAGCUCCGAAAAAAGGAGAUAGAAUGGAUGUUAAGAGACCUGAAGAUAAUCUUAAGUUUGAAGGAGAUUUUGAGAGACCCGAGAAAGUUCCAAUCGGACCGGCCGAGCGACGAACGCCUAUCAAGCAUCCUGAUAAUUUGCGACCUGAAGGUGAAUUUGAAAAAUAUCCAAAGGAAAAAAUACCCCUCAAAGGCGAAAGAGCAGAUGUUACUAGACCGAAGGAUAAUUUGCGAUCGGAGGGUGAAUUUGAGAGGCCUCAGAAAUCGCCAAUCGGGCCAGCAGAACGGCGGAUGCCGAUUCGACACGCCGACAAUCUGCAUCCGGAAGGUGAAUUCGUUGGACGACCAAAGGAUGACUUUACUCCCAAACGAACUGAUCGACCGAUUCAGAAGAAGCCCAAGGAUAACUUGAAGCCUGAAGGAGAAUUCGUAGGUAAACCGAAAGACGAUUAUAAGCCGGUUAAAGGAGAGAGAACCGAAAUUGUGAUGCAUCGAGAUAACUUGAAGAUGGAAGGCAACAUAGACGUUUACCGAUCACGAGACGAUUACAUGAUAACAUCUAAACGCGAGCGCGUGGACAUUGUUCAACACGAGGAUAAUCUAAAAAUCGAAGGUGAAUUUAUUGAUAUUCAUCGGCGAGAUGAUUAUCGAGUCACACGUGGCGAACGUAGCGAAAUUAUCAGACACGAAGAUAAUCUUCGCCCCGAGGGUGAUUUUGUGUGUGAACGUCCGGAAAAGGCACCAAUAGGUCCGGCCGAGAGAAGAUCUCCCAUCAAACAUCCUGACAACUUGAAACCGGAAGGUGAUUUUGUGCAGCGGCCAAAGGAACACGCACCUACUAGAGGAGACCGAGCAAUCGUCAGGAAGCCCAAGGAUAAUUUGAAGUCUGAGGGUGAAUUUGACAGACCAACAAAAUCGCCCAUUGGUCCUGCUGAACGACGAUCGCCCAUCAAGCAUCCCGAUAAUCUUCAUCCGGAAGGAGAAUUUGUCGGUCGACCGAAGAAAGAUACGCCAAUAAAGGGUGAUCGAGCGGAUGUGAAAAAACCGAAAGAUAAUCUUCAUCUUAAAGGAGAAUUCGCAAAACGUAUCCCGAAGAAGGUGGAACCGGCCGAGCGAAGAACACCCAUCAAACACGAAGACAAUCUACAUCCCGAAGGAGACUUCUACAUCGUGCCUAAGGACGAUUUUAUUCCGAAGAGAGGAGAUCGCUCGCCGGUUAAGAAACCUCAGGAUAAUCUUCGUCCCGAAGGUGAAAUGGAAGUUUCUCCAAAGGAUGAUUACAAGCACGUAAAUGGAGAACGCGUGGAAGUGCGUCGACGCGAAGAUAAUUUACGUAUGGAGGGACAGAUGGAUAUUCAUCGAUCGAGAGAUGAUUAUAAAAAAAUUACAAAAGUGGAAGUAGAUAUUAAGAGGCACGAAGAUAAUCUCAAAAUGGAGGGCGAGUUUAUCGAUGUGCGUCGCAAAGAUGAUUACGUACACGUGAUUGGUGAACGCGUGCCAAUUAAGAAGCAUUCAGAUAACCUCCAUCCAGAAGGAGAUUUUGACAGAUACGAAAAAACCAUUGUCGGCCGCGGAGAAAGAAGAUCACCGAUCAAACAUCCAGAUAAUCUCAAGCCGGAGGGUGAUUUUGAACGUAGAACCCCGGAUAAAGUUGGUCCCGGUGAACGACGGACGCCAAUUCGUCACGCUGAUAAUUUGAAGCCUGAAGGUGAUUUUAUCGGACGCCCACGCGACGAUUUUACGCCUAAAAGAACGGGAAGGACCGAAGUUGUGAGGAGAGAAGAUAAUUUAAAGAUGAUGGGCGAUUUUGAAGACACAACCUCUCAUAAAUCAACCUAUACGAUUGUGCGUGGCGAACGCGCGGACAUCAAGUCGCACGAGGAUAACUUGAAGAUCAGCACCGGCACUAUGGAAACGAAAACGACUAACCGAGAUACUUACACACCCUCUAAACAGGAACUUUCUCCCGCUGAUAAAAUAGUUAAUCGUCGAAAACAUAUGGAAUCAUCUAUUUUGCUUGGUGAUGACACUACUGUGAUGACUACAACGAAUCGACGUAAUUACAACACCUAUACGAAGCGUACAGGAAAAGAUAUCGCUGCUAAGAUGAGUCAGAUGGAGUCUGAUACGAAAAAAACUGUGGAAUCGCAAACUCUGACAGACGGAACGGUUAUUGCGACCAUAAAACGUACCACAACUUCCGCUCAGUCCGAGAGUCAAAGAGUCGCCAAUGCUCAAACUAUCACUCAUCAACAACAACGCGUUACCGAUCAUCGUACCACUCAACCGAUUGAGGGAUCUGGACCGCAGCCUGUUGAUUCGCGAAAAACUAUAUCCAGUCAACAUCACGAACAGCAUCAAAAAAUGCAACAUUUAAACGAGCAACAUUUGCGAUCGCAGACUCGACGCACGGUCGAGGACAGAUCGAUCACUGAAGGACAGAAUCAUCGAGGACAGAUCGCACGAGAAGAUACAACUCGUUACGCGAUCGACGCCGCGCACGGCGAACAUCACAGACAGCAACAUCAACAGAUCGAGCGUCACCAUCAGGAAGUAAGUAAGCGCGAUUACGUAAACAUGCAACACAUGGAAAAUCGACAGAAAUCUGCGACGAGACAGCAACACGAGCAGCACAUCAUCUCCAGUCAAGCACAAUACAAUUCGAGCAGUCCGGAAUUUCGGCGAACAAUCAAUGGGCAAACGAUCGUGGAACAAUCGCACAUCGAUUUGACCAAGAAGAUCGGUCAUCAUCGCAAGAACGUAAUAUCCUCCUCGUCGGCCGAUGUCAACAAUUCAGUGCUUUAUCGUAAUGGUGGCGUCACUACGUCCACCGAAGCGCUUCACACAAUCUCGUCAACCGCAGCUGAUCAACGAAAAAGUAUUUCGAACUUGGCCGAGAGCGGACAAUACAUCAGCAAUUCGAGCCAUAGCAAUGACAGACGUAGCUUGACCUCGCUACAUCGUAAUUCUAAGGAGGUGAAUCCUUGGGCCUCCUCUAGCUACGAACGCCCGCAGAAAAUCGUGCGACAUGACAACCUGACUGUUGGCGGAAAGUUUUAUUCGCAGAGCGAAGCGAAGAGUUAUGGUAACUUUUCGCAGAGUUCUCAGAAAGUCGAACGAGUACAGAGGCAAACGAAUGCAUCUCAUAUUAAUUUAGGCGACGGCAGUACCAUCAAUUCUAGCAUGUACAAGAGAGAAUACGUUCCUAGGCAUAGGGGACCGUGUCCGGCCGCUCUUUUAGAAGCAAAGCAGGCGCCUUUCAAGCAUACCAGAGACACGCGGAAACACAAGUUUUACAUGCCCGUUGUAUCUAAUUAAAUUGGCGUAUUGAAA